UUUUGCCUGGUAUAUAGCUGAGGAGAAAGUCGGCUGUGCUGUGAAUCGACUAGACAGAUAACCUGACGGAAGCUUCUGGAGGCUCUGCGGAAAAGUCAGUAAGAAUGAAAAUCACCUUCACAUCACUAUGAAAACCUUAACAGAUCUCCAUCUUGAUUUGCGUUCAUUCCCGAAAGAAUGUGGGUGAUAAAGAUGGCAGCUCUCUGCCUGCUGGCAGCAUUGGGAUCGGCAGCCGGGGUGGAGAAGAAGCUGAGCAGCCAUGCUGCCACCCUCGCAGACAACAGCGCCAACCUGGCGUUCAACCUCUACCAGAACAUAGCCAAGGAGAAGGACCUGGAGAACAUCCUCAUCUCCCCCGUGGUGGUGGCCUCGUCGCUGGGCCUAGUGGCCCUGGGGGGCAAGGCCUCCACAGCCUCGCAGGUGAAGACCGUGCUCAGCGCCGGGGCGGUCAAAGACGAGCACCUGCACUCCGGCCUGGCCGAGCUGCUGACCGAGGUCAGCAACUCCACCGCCCGCAACGUCACCUGGAAGAUCAGCGGCCGCCUGUACGGGCCCAGCUCCGUCAACUUCGCCGAAGACUUUGUGAAGCGCAGCAAGAAGCACUACAACUACGAGCACUCCAAGAUCAACUUCCGUGACAAGCGCAGCGCCGUCAAGUCCAUCAACGAGUGGGCGUCCAAGUCCACCGACGGGAAGCUGCCCGAGGUCACCAAGGACGUGGACAAGACCGACGGCGCUAUGAUCGUCAACGCCAUGUUCUUCAAACCUCACUGGGACCAGAAGUUUCACCACAAGAUGGUGGACAACCGAGGCUUCCUCGUGACCCGGUCCUUCACUGUUUCCGUUCCCAUGAUGCACCGUACAGGUCUGUUCCAGUUCCACGAGGACACCACAAACAACCUGUAUGUGCUCAGCAUGCCCCUGGCCCACAAGAAGUCCACCAUGAUCUUCAUCAUGCCCUACCACGUGGAGGCCCUGGACCGCCUGGAGAAGCUGCUGACACGCAAGCAGCUGGACGACUGGCUGGGCAAGAUGGAGGAGAGGGCGGUGGCCGUGUCUCUGCCCAAGGUCAGCAUGGAGGUCAGCCACAACCUGCAGAAACACCUUGCGGAUCUGGGCCUAACCGAGGCUGUGGAUAAGACCAAGGCGGACCUGUCCAACAUCUCAGGUAAAAAGGACCUUUACCUGUCUAACGUCUUCCACGCCUCUGCCCUGGAGUGGGACACUGAGGGAAACCCGUUCGACACCAGCGUCUUCGGCUCUGAGAAGCUGAAGAACCCCAAGCUCUUCUAUGCUGACCACCCCUUCAUCUUCCUGGUGAAGGACAACAAAACCAACUCCAUCCUCUUCAUCGGAAGGCUCAUGCGGCCCAAGGGCGAUAAGAUGCGCGAUGAGUUAUAGUCGACGGCGGGCGAAGUCACACAGUGAAAUGUUCAGAUUAAAGCAUAGAAAUAUACCUUUUGUGUUUAUGAGUCCACACCAAGGAUGAAAUGUACUAUGUGGGUGUUAUAUUUAUACUGAACAUUUUGCUGGGCUGGCUUUAGUUUGUGUGUGUGACUGGAGUGGCACAGGAGCACAUUCCAAAAGGCAAACUGUGGAUAGCUGGAUUAUCUGUUAAAGGGGCACAAUUCUAGAAUCACAUUUAUUUACAGCAGGGAGUAAAUUAUUGUCUUAAAUGUGAUGGGUUCAGAAAAUAAAAUACCACAGAAAUGUUUUCUGAAUUCCAAAGAGGGAAGAAGCAAUUUACUAGCAAGACAUAGUCAGUACAAAAUGACCAUCAAGUGCCUUGUUUUCACCAUUGAAUGGCAGAUCACAUGACUGACAACAUGCUUAUAUUAAGUAUGAUCUCACAAAUGUUUGCCUAAUUCUGAGGUCAUAGUUUUUUUCAGGGGUCUGGGUGAUGCAAUGGUUUGGUUAUUAGGUUUUUUAAUGAACAUCCAUGGUGGUUUGUGAAAUAGGUGUGUGUUUUACAGAAAUAUCUUUAAUGUUUAAAGUCAAACGAUUUAUACACAAGUGUCUUGCAAGCAUACAUGCUGCUACCAUUCACAUCAGAUCGCCACCCAACCCCUCACUAAAUACAUUCCCUUCUCUUUCACGUUUGGUUUUGCCUGCAACACCCCUGUACUGAAAGGGCUGUACUGCACUAGCCAGCCUCGCACAGAAGGCUAUGUCCGUAUUGAGUGUACAACUGAAUCUAUUAUUCUCCAUGUCUCCAUGCCAUGUCAGGUCAUGUUUCUAAGUUGAGUUUUUAUGCAAAAUAGUUAAAUUUGCUUCUGUUUUUUCAAUAAAAUAUUUUUCAAAGGCA